AUGUCGUCGCAAAUGUUCACCCUCGAAGAGGCCACCUGGGCCUGGAUCAACACUGGUCCCAUCAAGCACAAAGCGCCCAUCGGCAAGCGAUUCCUCAAGGGAUUCAUGGCUGGUCUCUUCUUGUCCAUGGGUGGUAUGCUAGUUAACAUCUUGUCCGCCGAUCCUUGGCUCUCGACAAAUGCUCCUGGCCUGCUCAAGAUCAUUCAGGGUGCUUGCUUCCCUGUCGGUCUCGUUAUGAUCGUACUUCUGCAGGCGGACCUAGUCACAGGUGCCAUGGCGAUCAUGAUUCUCUCCACUCUUAAGAGGAAGGUUCCCUUCUGGGCGUUCGCCGUGGAUUGGACCAUCGUCUUCAUUGGAAACCUCAGUGGCGCACUCUUCUACGCAGGCCUAUUGGUGUACUACACGGAGAUCUACACAGAAGCAAUGGUCACCGGAUCAGCCGCAACUGCCACCUCCAAGGCCGGGCCUGCAAUCAAUUUCAGGGAGAACUUCUUGCGAGGAAUUGGAUGUAACGUGCUGGUCUGCAUCGCCGUCUUCCAAGCGUCGCUGGCGAAGGACGUCAUCUCCAAGAUUGUAGCCUCUUGGUUCCCCAUCUUCGUCUUCGUCUCCGCUGGCUUCGAGCACGUCGUGGCUUCGAUGUUCCUCAUCCCAGAGGGUCUGAUGCAGGGAAGCCCCGUCUCUGUCGGCCGAUAUAUCUGGAACGCAAUGAUUCCUGCUUUCCUGGGUAACAUUCUAGGAGCCGCCUUGCUGGUCCUGCCCCUCCUCUACCUCUAUGGCGAUGACGAACAUGACCCUCUCCAAGUGUCUGGCGAGACUCUGCCCACCACCAACGGCAUCCAGAGUACAGGCUACACCAAGGACGCUGAGAGCGCAGAUGGCAGCCGACCAAGCAACUAA